UCCUGUGGUGUCUAAUAUCUUCCAGUAAAGGAACCUGUUCUUCAGUUUUACAGUUCUGCUCACAGAUCAGCCCAUUCCCUAUCGAAACUUAAUGCAAAAUCAAGGAGAAAAGAGCUGUUUCUUCAGAAGUCAGAUUUCUAAAGGCUUGAAAAUUAUUGAAAUGCAUGGAAAAAAAAAAAAAAGAAAGAAAUGAGGUCUUGCUAAGGGGUGGUUCCCUAAGUAGUCUCUCACUUCCACAAUGUGGGAUGGUAUCUUAGUCUUCCUACCUGUGUGGGUGGACAGGAGACUUACGACAGUGACUGAGACCAAGAGUAAAUCAUCUGCUAUUGAUGUCCCACAGAUGAAGUGGCUUCCUUGUCUUCACCACAACUUUUUGUGAACACAUGUUCCCUGCUCCAGAUUGGCUGGAUUUCUGUGUAACCCCUGGACCUGUUUCUGCAGGGAAGUUCAUCUACCAGCCAUCAACCAUGAAGAUUCUUAGCUACCUCCUGGUUUACCGAAGGUUCCUGCUCAUUGUCCUCACCCCACUGCUUUUACUUCCACUUCCACUUAUCAUCAAAACCAAAGAAGCAGAAUGUGCAUACACGUUGUUUGUAGUUGCCAUCUUUUGGCUUACAGAAGCUCUGCCACUGGCUGUUUCAGCUUUGCUCCCUGCCUUUAUGUUCCCAUUGUUUGGUAUAAUGGAAUCCAAGGAGGUAGCAUCUGCUUAUUUUAAAGACUUUCAUCUGCUGCUGAUUGGAGUAAUUUGUUUGGCAACGUCAAUAGAAAAAUGGAAUUUCCACAAAAGAGUGGCUUUAAGAAUGGUGAUGUUGGUGGGUGUCAACCCUGCAUGGCUUACGCUGGGUUUCAUGGUUAGCUGUGCUUUCUUGUCAAUGUGGCUCAGCAACACCUCUGCUGCUGCCAUGGUGAUGCCAAUUGUAGAGGCUGUAGCUCAGCAGAUCAUCAGAGCUGAAGCAGAAGCUGAUGCGCUGGAGAUGUCUUGCUCUAACGGCUCCAUCAACCCGGCACUGGAGCUGGACGAAAAUAUAGGAGCAUGUGAAAGCAGUGACUGGAAAGAGAAAGAAAAAAAACUUAAUGGAUAUGACAACAAUGUGGGUAGUACUGUGUGCACAAUUGAAAAGGAAAAUGAAAAAGAAAAGGAACAGAACCUACCACCUGCUGAAACAGGGAAAAAAAGCAGAGAGGACAAAUACAGUGGGAUUUUCAAAGUGAUGUGCUUAUGUGUUGCUUAUUCUGCUACCAUUGGAGGGCUGACCACAAUCACAGGAACAUCAACUAAUCUGAUUUUUGCUGAGCACUUCAAUACACGUUACCCAGCUUGCCAGUGCAUCAAUUUUGGAUCCUGGUUUAUCCUUUCCAUCCCCAUAACAGUUAUUAUUCUGCUGCUCUCCUGGGUCUGGCUCCAGUGGCUUUUCCUUGGGUUUGAUUUUAAAAACAUGUUCAAGUGUGGCAAGAAGAAAACAGCUAGAGAAGAGGCCUCAGCACAGGUGAUUCAGGAGGAGUACAAGAAGCUUGGACCAAUGAGUUACCCAGAAAUUGUUACACUUGUCCUGUUCAUUCUAAUGACCCUACUGUGGUUCACCAGGGAGCCUGGCUUCAUCCCAGGAUGGUCUUCACUUUUCCCAAAGUAUAAAGGCUAUGCUACAGAUUCAACAACUGCCUUAGUGAUAGGCCUGCUGUUCUUUAUUAUUCCAGCAAAAACAUUGUCUAGGACUUCAAAUGGAGAAAACACUGCUUUUGGUUACACUCCGCUGAUUACUUGGAAGGAAUUUCAGUCAUGCAUGCCCUGGGAAAUAGCUAUUCUUGUUGGUGGUGGGUUUGCACUGGCAGACGGCUGUGAGGUUUCAAAACUUUCUGAUUGGGUAGCAAGUAAAUUGACUCCUCUAGGAUCAUUACCCUUGUGGCUGGUUAUCCUGAUAUCAUGCCUUAUUGUCACUUCAGUAACAGAAGUAGCCAGCAAUCCAGCUACGAUUACGAUAUUUUUGCCCAUACUAUCUCCUUUGGCUGAAGCCAUUCAUGUGAACCCACUUUUCAUUUUGAUACCUGCUACCUUGUGUACUUCCUUUGCAUUCCUGCUUCCUGUAGCAAACCCAGCCAAUGCCAUUGUAUUUUCAUAUGGUCAUUUAACUGUUAUGGACAUGGUGAAAGCUGGUUUGGGCAUUAACAUCAUCGGAGUUGCUGUAGUUAUGCUUGCAAUUAUGACAUGGAUAGUGCCUAUAUUCGAUCUCUAUACUUACCCAAGUUGGGCACCAAACAUUCCUUCUGCAAAUAGCACUGGGCUGUAAAAAAAAAAAUAAUCCUGGGGAUUGGUUUGGAUUGGUUUUGUUUCUUUUCUUUUCCACUGACAUGUGGUGAGUCACUUAAAAUGCUUUUUGUCACCACAAUGAUGUGGCUCCACAUUACUAUAAAUGCCAUAUUUCACAGUCCCAGAGACUGAUGAUCCAGUCUGAGAGUCUAAUCAGGAAGAGUGCUAGACUUUCUAAAUAUCAUAAAGUUAGAUCAAGUUUCUAAUCUAGUUCAGCUAGCCUGAAUUUUUAUAUCUUCCUGUUAUGAAGGAAAAAAUAAAUGUGCAUAGCCAUUAUCACUGGCAGUUUGCCCCCAUUCUCAGGGUAGUGGAAUAAUGAGAUUUAGAUUUUAUUAUUUCAAAUAUUUUUCUUACUAAUACUUUGGUGAUAUUUGGGGUUGUCAAAGAACAUAUUGAUUUUCUGUUUUCUAGAUUCAAACACUGUUUGAAAUGGUGUUGAUCAUGAACAAAAGAUCAGGCAGCGGAUUGUCUCAAACACAUAGUUUACAGACCUGAGAAAAAUGCACAGAAAAUGGAGAAGAGUAGCAUGACCGCUUUACACAGCACUUUAUCUGUUAAGCACCUUGCAAUAUGGAAGGACAGUACAUAUUUAAGCAUAUGUUUAGUCUGCUUCCUUCCAGGACCUCACUGAAACGUGGUGGUGUUGUUGUCAUUUAGUAUUUUUCUGAAUAGACAUGUAUCGAUAGAUCUGAGUUGAUCUGUAUGAAUGGAGACUAAAUUUUCAUCAUACCUCUCUGCCAAAAGUAGAGAUACAUCCCCUUGAUGAAUGAAAGCACAAGAUAUAGAGUGCUGAAAAUGUGACGCUCAGUCCAUCAAUCAAGACUACAGUGCAUCUUCACAGGGAGGCUCAUGAUCUCUACAUGCCAGGUGGCAGUUUAAGGUUACUAGACUGUGUUAAUGUUGUGAACAAAAAACAGUGCAAUGCAGUCAGAAUGGAAGUUUGAAGUUCAAAGGUAUCUUCAAAUAAUGGUAUUUUAUAUGGUUGUUACAUGUUUUUCACAGUAAGGACUACAGUGGUGUUUUUUUCACCUGUUGGGAAGACCCAUGACAAUUUGUAAAGAGCAUUUAGUUAAUAGUCUGAAUCAAAGCUGCAGGUAUUUAGCUUGGGUCAUCCCUUGGGGCACCUCUCUGAUGGUUGUAAACCUUAAUCUGUCUUUUAGAGAUAGUGUAAAUUAUCUAUUUUUCCUAACAACAACAACAAAAGCGCUUUUGUUUUUUGAUUAGAUGGUUUAUAUCUACUUUUGAUAGUGCAUAUUUAGAGAUGUCAGUCAUGACUUCUAUAAUGCCAGAAUACAGUGUAUAGGAUUGUUAUAUAUGUAGUUUGCUUCCAUUAGCUACUAGUUGCAGAUUCAGCUGCAAUGAGUUAUUAAAGAAGAACUUUUUCUUAGCGAUGAUGUUUUUGCAUAAGGAAUUGUUAUCUGUACAUGCCACCACACUUUUCAGCCUGACUGAGGCUGCUAUCUCUUUAGGAUGGCUACCUCCCUUUUCUUUUGCUUGCUUUUUUUUUUUUUUUAUAUACAGUGCUUGGUAAAAUAGGGCUAUGUCCAUGACUAGGCCAGUCAGGAGCUGCCACCAUACAGAUAAUGGUAACUGAUCCCCUGCAGCAAUGAUUAUGAUUUCAGAUAUGCAACACCUGGCUAAAUGAAGCCUCUAACUCAUCAGGUACUAGAGGCAAAUGCUUAUGCAAGUAGCUAAUCCAAGAUAUAGGUCUUGGAUUAUAACAUAUGGUGUCUUCCUGGAAGGAUGUACAGCACAGAAACAAGGAGCUCAUGGUUUAUGUAGGCCUUUGGUCCUGUGGGCAUAGAGAGGAGAACCAGCUAAGAGAGUGCUCUUACUUUAAGGUUCCCAGGUAUCACCUUUCCAGUUCUAUCAGUAAUUUUCAGGUUAUGCAAGGGCAGUGGAAACAGUGAAUCAUAGACUAUUUCAAGUGGAAGGGAUCUCAGAAGACCAUCACAUCCAACCUCUCGCUCGAAGCAAGAUUAGCACUAAAUUCAGACCAGGUUGUUCAGGGAUUUGUCUAGUCACAUCUUGAAAGUCUCCAAGACAUAGACUGCACAACUUCCUUGGGUAAUGUUCUCCAGUGCUUUACUGUCCUUGUGGUGAAAUGUUUUGUCUUUAAACAAGUGAACAAACAUAUUACAUUCAUUUUAGUGGAAUAGACUGAUUUUUCUUAGUUCUAUUUGAGAUGAUAGAUUUUUUUUCUAUGUGUAAAAUUGUUUUUUUUAAAUUUUUUUAAUGAAAUAUGAAAAAGGGAGACAGUCGUCUUUGUGGCCUUAUGUUCAACACUCCCAGUGAACGUGAUACUUUCAGUCUCCACUGGUCUGCUCUGCAAUGAAUCACCAGUAAAAUAAUCAUGUGGCUACUGUUGUUCAGCCAGAGGAAAUCUGUUAACUGCUUAUGAGCUGUCCCACAGUUUUAUUAAUGUUCACAAUACAGAAUUGGCUCUUGUAACUUCAGCCUUGAAUAUGACAUUGAGGUCUACAGAGGUCCAUGAAUGCACUGCUCUGUGAAAUCAUGCUUUGACACCUGUAUUCUCUCGUCAAGUUGUAUAUCUUCAUGGAAGAAUGAUAAUAAUUUUGCACCAUUUCAGAGAACUCUUCAGAAGUUGUCAAAUGUAGUAAGUGAUACAGUUUUCAGUGUAGGCUGAAGCUCAGUUUGUACCAGCUGAUUUUCAGCUGUUCAUUUGCUUUACUUUUUUACUUUUUCACAGGAUCAUAGAUAAUGUGAUAAGAAAGGCCCAUUGUGUCUGAACCCUCACAUAAUGCAGAUCACAGAAUUUCCCUAAACUACUUUUUCAGGACCGGCAGCGUGAUAAAGUAUCUUAGUAAACAAGAAAGAAGAUUCACAAUGUUUAAUGAAGGAUGCACUUUUAAAAACUGCUUUCACUGCAAUCUGUGUAUGCAGUGAAUAAUAUGCAAAGAGAGAAGGGAGGGAUUUGUAAAGUAAAGAAAGUUAGUAAUCUGUUGGGCCAUGUGUAUUUAUAAACUAUCAAAAUGAAAUGCAGAAUUAUAAAUAAACUGGCUUUCAGUGACCAGCAUGCUUACUGUCACAAUGUACCAAAUUAGCAACAAAAAUGGAACAAUCAAGCAUGAGGUUUUUGAGAGAUUGUAUCCUGUAAGUAAACCAGUCAUGAAUAAGUGAAUUGGUAGUAGUGGGAAUGUAGGUUUUCAUCAGGAUUUUUUCUCCCUUGUUUUGCUAAAAGUUUAAGCAACAGGUCAGACAAAAUCUUUGAGCCAAGUUAUUAUUGCUAACUUAUUUUUAAAGCUUUUAAGAACCUUUUAAGUCAAAAUGAACAACUCUGCAGUGCAGAGAUUAAUAUUGCUAGAACUUCCUCACCUGAGAGCAUUGCAAUGGAGGAAAAAGAGAAUUUCAAAAAGUGGUUGGCUGUCUGGGUACCCAAUGCGUGGAUUUGGCUCUGACCGCAGGCACAGAGCACCAUGCUGACUGCCAGCAGAAAACGUGCGCUUCGUAUGUUGCUAUUAUAUUCAUUGCUUUGUCCAGAGUUUUUGAGUAUUGUGACAAAUGGUGGAAAUGCAGCUAUAAUUAUUUUAAGAGUUGAUUAAUGUAUGAUGACUACAUUAACUAUUUGUAAAUUGCUUUGUGCAUAAUUUUCAUAUAAAAUGAUGUGGUUUUUUCUUUGUCUCAGCUCAGUCUAAUUAGUCUACUGUAUGAGUACAUAAGUAAUAUUUAUGACUUACUAUUUAUUCGUGGUCCCAUUCCUGCUGAAUUAAAUGGAGCCUUUGCCAUGUACUUCAUUAGGGGAGAUGUGCCGGGUCUUUGUUCUCCUUUUCUAUGGCCAUGCUACAUUUAAUAUACUUUCACUUUGCAUUUGGAAGAUGUGCUUUUAGAUUACCAGAAACCACAAAACAAGCAAACCCUGGAAAAAGCUUCUUGACCAUUCCACUACUAUGAUCAGAUAGAUAGAGAGAUCAUAGUCUUGCAGUGUAAAUCCCCUUAUGUACUUUUAAAAUUAAGUAUCUGUGCUUGUUUACUGCAAGGCUCUUGUUUGUUUAAAGUCAACCAGCCUAUAGCCCGAGGGCUUGCUGAGGAGCAAUGCAGCACAGCAGGUCAGGAAGGGUGUAGGGAAAAAAUCCAUGCCUCAUACCCUGGAUCUUACAACUUUUUGAUUAGGUGUAGAUACUAAGCGAGUAUGCGUACUAAUUACAACAAUCAAAAGGCUGUUGUAUGUCAUGUGCAGUUGCUGGCAGGACCCGAAGGCUUCUAGUGACCCGUUAGAUGCACAGCAGUCUAGUCCUGUCCCCCGUCCUGCCCUGCCAUCAGCAGCCCACAGUAGGAUGCCACCGCCCUGACGGUGACACCCUGCUGCCCCAGACCUCCUGGAGCUGAGGGUAUUCCCCAGUGGUCAGGUCUGCACAGACGUCAGAUUGCUUUGCAGCUAUUAGUGAUAAAUGAUAACUUCAGUUAUCGGCUUAGUUCUUCGUCUCUGCAAAGUUGAUUUGAUGAUUUAUGGGUUUUAACAAUCACUGAAUUCUUUUUCGGUGUUAUUCCUUAAUACUUUUGCCAUUUUGGAAGCUGUUGUAUGUUACUUUACCUGUCCAAUGUUCAAUUUCUGUACAACUUUACUUUACAAUACUGGUCUACUGUUUUUAAAAUAACUAUUUCCCAAAUGCUGUACAGUCCAACAUGUAUUUAGUGCUAAA